CAGGUCCGUAAAAUAUGCACCCUAUGCAAGAUUGAACGACAAUUCGAGCAUAGCACGAGACGCGAUACUAGCUGCCCUCUCCCACGACCCUCACGAGGAUAUACCAACUCUCGGGCUCAGAAAGGAAGAAAGGUCUUCACUCACGAUACUACACGAACAAGCGCACCGCUAAAGAAGAGAAACACUCUUCGUAAGAAGAACAGAAGUGCUGUUAUGAGUACACAAGGCUUACAGAGCACAGCAAAAGACGGUUCUACAACACGACAGUCAAACAAGGAAGACACUGGAGUCGCAAAACCCGCAUGGCUGCGUACAUGGCUCAACAAGCUUCCCAUCACCACAUGUCCCAAGCCCCCCACAUCUUCCCCAUCCAGUAUCUCUCCUUCCCCGCGAAAAGCCAACAGCGUAGACUUAUCCCGCAUGAUGCCCUUCCACCGUGAAGAAGAAACACCCACCGCCCUACCCAGAAACACCCCCACAGCACCCGUCCCACACUGCACCCGCACCCGCACCCGCAUCGCCCCAGCCACAAGAUCCAGCAGCACCCCAAACCUCACCCGCCACUUCUCCCUCUCCAAAAAACCCAGCGUCCACCAAAAACCCACACCCAAACCCACCACCCCAUCCAUCACAACAAAACUCCAAAAACGCGCCCCUACCGCUCCCCUUUGCCCCAAAUCCACAACCCCAGCUCCAGACUCAAACCCCACUACAAAACGCCCGCAAACUCAUAACCCCGAUCCGCAUCCAGACCCGUCGAAAGGAGCGGUCGCGGGUGAUAGACGCAAUAGUACUGCGUACUUGACUAUCACCACUACUGCAACAGGCGACGAAGAUGAAGACGGCGAGUUCGAAAUGAGUGAGACGAGGAGGUUGUUGUGGGAGUAUUGGAAUGUGCAGUGUAGGUUUUUGGCUGAGGAGUGGAUUGAUGAGUGA